UGAUUUAGCAUGAUCGGCAAUCGAGUCACAUUGAGUGUGUCUUGCGUUCCGUUCAACAGACAAAGAUUUUCCUCUGUACAAGAAAUAACAUUUGCAUCAACAUGAGACGAAUGUGGUUCGGAUUGCCAAUAAGCCUAGUGUUGCUUCUCAAUAUUAUUGGCGUAUCAUUUUGUGCUAUGACACGCGAUCAAAUGAUAAAAUCCUUCGAUACGAUAAGGAAUCUAUGCACUCCAAAAUUCAAACUUAGUGCAGAUCAGUUAAACGCAUUACGAUUUGGGAACUUCGACAAUGACGACAAAGAAGUGAAAUGCUAUUUGCAUUGCACCGCCCAAAUGGCAGGCGUUUUGACCAAGAAAAACGAAUUACACUUGGAGAAAACCUUAAAGCAAAUCGACGCCAUGUAUCAAUCGGAGAAUAAGCAAUCGGCCAUUGAUGCAGCUCAUCACUGUAAAGAUAUCCAAAAAACUUAUAAGGACCCGUGCGACAAGGUAUUUUUCACCGCAAAGUGUAGCGCUGAACAAAUGGGAAAGCUUUUUGUGUGGCCCUAACACUGGCCUGAUGGUAAAAUGUCUACAGCGUGCUUUAUUCUUAUUUUAACUUAAAAAUACGGUCGGCCACAAGCAAAACGUUAAACUAUAAACGCAUAAUAAAUGCUGAAAAAAAAAUCGUCAGAAGAGAGACAAGUUUUCACUAACCUAUACUAUUACAGCCUUGGAUUUAUCGGCUCAUAAGAAUACUUUAAGCUCUAAGUUUAAUUUGUUAAAAUUGGUUGAAUUAAAGGUUAAUCUGACUACCUUCCUCAUGAAAACUAUAAUAAAAAUUACGAAAUUAACC